UAGGAUAGACAAUAAUAAUAAUUUUAUUUCAAUUAAUCACUCAUUAGGAAAACAUAUUUUUGUCAAUGCCGCUAUAUUUAGUAGCCUCACGAUAAAGUGCUGAAGUAUAAAAUCAAAAAAUAUUCGAAAACAAAAUUUUCGAAUCAGUUUGUAAAGAAAAAUGUCAAAAACAUUUAUUGCUAAUCCUGAAAUAAGACUUGUUCUUAGUAACAAGAUCAUUCCACGAAUAAAACAAUUGAAAGAAAAUGCUCCUAGUCAAAAGAAUAGUUCAUCAUCAGUGGUAUUUACUGAUCGAGAACUUGAUUUAUUGAAAAAAGUAAAUGAAUUGAAACUAGAGUCAAAAGAAAAUAAAAAGGAAAAAUUAUCACAGAAAGAUAAAACCUCGUCAUUGACUCUACCUGAAGUGAAAAAACUUAAACAAACUCUAGAAGACAGAUAUUUAUGUGACAUCAUAGAAUCAGCUUCAAUUAAACUUCCAGAAAAUGAAGUUGUUGAACGAAAUCCUGAACUGGAGAAAAGGAUUCAGAAGCUGAAAGCUCUACAGGAACAGAAAGUUUACAACUCAAUGACUAAGAAUGUUGAUCAUGCAAAGAAAUUUGAACCAACAGAAACGAUUUCAUAUCAACUGAAACAAAUCAAUCGACAGCUGAUUGCAGUUGCACAGUUUGUAUUCUCUGUGAUUUCUGGAUUCUUCUUUGGAUUCCUGGGAGUUGAACUUAUUGUUGGAAAUUUAGAUUUUGGUUUUCGACUUCUUCUUGGGAUCAUCUGCGCUUUGGUCAUUGCAUUAGCUGAAAUUUAUUUCUUAGCAAAGAAACUCAACGAAGAAAUGCCACAAGAGUCACCAACAAUAACCACAUCACCAGACAAGAAAAAAAAUUAGAUUGGAACAUUUUUUUAUUCAUUUUACAAAAUCAUCAAAUUAUUUAAAACAGAAAUAAAAAGUUUUUGGCAACAAAAAAAAAUUGAAA